AGUGCUAGGCAAAUGCACACUAGACCAUACACAUGCUCACUGUCUUCCUUCUCAGGCUCAGAUUGAGACAGGAAGCAGAGUUAUCUUCUCGCGUUUUCCACUCACAAACGUAAACAACAAAUGUUGACUUUUCCAAUUUAGAAACCGGACAAUAAUUCAGUUAAAGGAAUCGAGAGAUGCAUGUGCCAUAUAUUUGCACACAGAAACACAAGGCCGACUGAGUCUGAUAUUCUAUACCUCCACUGGCGUACUUGUUAGCUUGAAUUUGCACAGGAUAUCGAUCAAUUACCAGCUCUGGUACCGUGUUAGUAGCUAGAUCUACUUAAGGUGGUCUUCAUUGGACAAUUCCAUUUCAACUCAAUUGGCCUGUAAAUUAUUGGUCUUUAGCUGGCCGGUUGCUCUCUCUCAUUAUUCCAAUUGGAGAAGCAGUGUCGGUGCGUGCGCAAUGGAAUUCCUAGAUCUGUUCAUUGUUGCGUUGAUGCCAGUUCUGAAAACGCUCCUCAUCACUGCCAUUGGAUUACUGCUUGCAAUAGAUCGGAUAGGUCUUUUGGGCCCAGAAGGAAGGCAUCAUUUGAACAACAUUGUAUUUUUUGUGUUCACUCCUGCACUCAUGGUUAGCAACUUGUCUGAAACUAUUACUUUCAGCAGCAUGGUUACAUUGUGGUUCAUGCCAGUGAAUAUCCUUCUCACCUUUAUUAUUGGCUCAGCACUUGCAUGGAUACUUGUCAAAAUCACCAGAACUCCUAAACAUCUGCAUGGCCUUGUAAUCGGUUGCUGUUCCGCAGGAAAUUUGGGAAACUUGCUUCUCAUUAUUGUUCCAGCGGUCUGUGAUGAAACAAACAGUCCAUUUGGGGAUUCAUCCACCUGCUCGACAUAUGGAGAAGCUUAUGCUUCACUUUCUAUGGCGGUUGGAGCAAUUUAUAUAUGGUCUUAUGUGUAUAUGAUAAUGCGGGUAUAUGCAAAUAAUAGCAUAAAAUAUGUCAAUACACAUGACUCCACAAUCAGCAUAACGUUGUCUGGCGAAAGUGCAGAAACAUUUCCAGAGACUUGCACAGAAUCACUGCUUCCUUCAAGGGAUUGUCCAAGCUCUGAUGACCAUUCAGAUCAAGUUGAACUGACUCAUACUACAUCUGAGGGGAAAGUAAAGGUGACUGUUCUGAAUCAGAUUAUUCAGUGCAUCAAGAUGUCUGCAGGACAGAUCAAUCUGAAGAUGUUGUUCGCACCAUCUACCAUUGGAGUGAUUGCAGGGUUUAUCAUCGGAAUAAUUUCUCCAAUUCGAAAGCUAAUGAUUGGUGAUAGUGCUCCUCUUCGUGUGAUCAUUAGUUCUGCAUCUUUGCUGGGGGAGGCAACAAUUCCAUCUAUGACUUUGAUAGUGGGAGCAAACCUGCUUAAGGGUUUAAGAAGAUCAGAAGUAGGCGUGUUACUCGUUGUAGGUGUUAUAGUAGUCCGGUAUAUUAUAUUGCCGCUCUUGGGUGUUGUUAUUGUGAAAGCUGCACACAGUUGGGGCAUGGUGGGAUCAAGUUCAUUAUAUCAAUUUAUUCUAAUGCUUCAGUAUGCACUUCCACCUGCAAUGAGUGUAGGAACGAUUACUCAGUUGUUUGAGGCUGGUGAGAGUGAAUGUUCUGUUAUCAUGCUAUGGACAUAUGCUGUGGCUUCAUUCUCUCUUACACUGUGGUCAACCUUCUACAUGUGGAUUGUCUCAUAAUUUAUAUUCUUCUAGAUUUGUUUUAAAUAACCUUGUGUCAUUCCAUGGUCAUACCACCACAAGGCUAUAUAGCAUAUAUGUAAUUUUUAGUUCCAAAAGGUGAGGUUUGCCUUCUUUUUUUCCUUUUUUUAUUUUAUUUUUUUUAUUUUAUUUUUUUUAAUUUUUUUAUAUUCUUUGUUGGACAAGAAUUCCCCCAUUUUGAGUGUGAUGUUUACAGUUUGAUUAUUUUGAGCAUUGGCAUGAACCACAUUGGAACGUUGAG